AACCCAAGAAAUUCUUCAACGGCAGAAGACGUAGUUUGCCGAAGCCAGCUCAAGCUCGAUAAUGACCCUGCGCCGCGGGUAACCACCGGGUGUCCCUGUAAACCAUUCCCACGUCUCGAUUCUCUCGGUUCAGCAAAUUCGUGUAAAAAGAUUCGCCAAUGUCUUCCUCGGCAAUGGCGCUACGCCCGGCCGCUCUGCGCCAGAGCGUUCUCGGAGCGGCGAGGGUACAAUGUCGACACAUGUCGAUGCCCUCCAAGGGAAAGAUUCUGCGAGAGAUGCAGAAGGCGGCUUAUAAGGAUACCAAGAAGACGGAUACUCAAUCGAUGUCGGCGAUUCAGAAGAAGGCCAACGAUGAGUACUUUAAGGGUGGAGGUGGCCCUCUAUUUCCUGGCACAUUUGUCUCUCUCCCAUUCUCACGAUACCCCUCCGGCGCCUCCAACCUCUUUAACUACUCAUGGUACCGACUCCGACAAUUUGGAUUCGAAUACUUCUCCCUCCUCCAGAUGAAGCUCAAGUCUAUGCCUGACUGGACAACACGGCCAAAGUGGAAAAUCGCCCGAAGCAAGAUUGCGCCCACAGCGAAGAAUAUGUACAUUGAGAUGCUCGGGGCUUUUGCUGCUGGUGACAAGGCUGCUGUCAACGAGUUAUGUCUGGGUCAAUUCGGGAAGAAGCUCAUCGCCGCUAUCGAUCGUCGGAAUCCCGCUGAACGUGUUACAUUUGAGCUUGUCAAGCUCAAUUCGACAUGGGCGUACCCUCGUGUGAUGGCACACCAGGUCCACAACGUGAACCCUCACGAUAAGGAACACAGCACAGAGCAGGCCGUUGUUGCGAUUGCCUCAACACAAAAGGUGGCGAAAUACAAGAAGGCCACCGGCGAGCUCAUCCCCGGAAGCACAAAGGUGCAGGACAAGAUGGAAUACGUGGUAGUGUCACGACAGAUCAGCGAGAAGACAUUCCAGGCUGGGCCAUGGCGUAUAUGGGGAACCAUUUCUCCAACAACACUAGAGGCGUUCCAGGAGGAGCAGGACUGGAUCACCAGGGAGCAGGCCAAGCGAGCUGGAUGGGAAGGGCCUCUGAAAUAAAAAAUAAAAAAGGUGCAAAAUUGUAUGAAUGCGCUGUAAUGCUCAUGAUGUUAGUGAGCGGAGGAGGGAACAUGUAAAAUGAGAGUGUAUAUUGUACGAUGAGCAUGUUUUGUACUAUAUUUUAGAAUACCUUAGCAUUGAGACCGGCGAACGGACGGCUAUCAAGUUCUUCUCCAGUUCAGUUCAAGGGAUCAAUUGUUGAUAUGUGUGAUGGUGCAAUUGAGAGCAUGUUUGAAGAUCAUAUGCAAAACGUGACAUUGAAGACAGUAUUAUUGAAAGGCAUAUGAGAGCAGGUCGUUUGAUUUGGCAUUGGAUGUUGUACAGUGGUAUUUCUGCUGGAUUAUGAAAUACUGGGGAUGCCAUAUUCUAGGUUGUCAUUAUGGUAUUCCUGGCGUCUUAUCAUAGAAACCGAGUGCUAUCACCAGGCAGGUCAUGGCCUGUCCUGGCUCCGUUUUCAUCGGGACAAAAUAAUUGAUUAAGCUGGCAGACGUAGUAAUUCACAUGCUAUGCGAGUUCUGAGCUAGUGCUGCAGGUCUGUAAAAAGGUUACAGCAUGGGAACUACCGAGUUGAACGAUGAGGUUUAGGCUGAAAUACUGGUGUAAAUCUUCUUGAUUAACCUGUCGAUUACUUUUCGCCAAACCUUCCAACCACGAAACCGAUGUUAUGUCAAACCCCCAAUUGAUUGCCAAAAUUUUAUGAUAGAACAGAAUCCAGAGGCAUCUGCUUAGUGUCCCCCUUUAAAAGAACUUGCCAGGUGUCGAAGAAACGAGGUUCUCAGUGGGGACAUCCUCCUCCGUGCUUGAAGGACGAAGGUCCACGGGGCGAUCAAGAGCAUCAAAGCGAUGUCCUCGGAUCUUAGCAGACAUGUACUGGUAAGAAAGACGGAGGGCAAGAGCACCACAGCCCCAGAGAAGACUUCCGACAGGGGCAGCGACGAAAGCGCCAAAGGCACUCCAGUCAUUGCCGUAGAGACCCUUCUGCACAAGGAGAAGCUCACCGGCCUCCUGAGCGUUGCCGUAGUAGAUGCAUCCAAAGAUGAAGACAGUCAGGAUACCUCCGAGACCACCGACAACGACCUCAAAGCCACGCCACCAGUAGAACUUGUCGACGAGACCGAUCACCAGGACGGGAAUUGUAGCAGCGGAGAUGAGAUCGGUGAUGAGCCAGAUCUGAAGAACGGAGGGGGCCUUGAGAGCGAUGACGAUGACGGGGAUGAUGAUGAGAACGACAAAGGCACGGAUGUACCAGAUGUUGAGCUUGUUGCGGAAGAGAUCGUUGGAGCCGGAGGAGACCAUAGCAGACUGAAGACUGUCAAAGGCAGCUGUGCUCAUGGUGACGACCAUGACGAGCACAAUGCCAACAACCCAGCUAGGAAGGGUCUCGAGGAGCACGAAAAAGGCGACUGAUCCAGAACCAGCAGCAUCCUUGAGAGACAGAGCCCCGGACCAAACGGCGAUGAGACCAGUGGAACCAACAAGAGUGAGGAUGCACAGAAUGACGAUAGUGGCGAUGGUGGUACCGAUUCGAAGAUCCUUGUCAGUCUUGGAGGCGAAGGUUCGGAGCCAGAAGGAGGAGAGGAAGAAGUCGUUGGUCAAGACGGCAACGGGGAGGAUGUACAGAAGCUGCCAGCCGAGGAGGUUGGAUUUGGUGAGACCAGACUCCUCGAUGAGAGGUCGCUGAAUCUCUGUCUUCGCGCCAAUGGUGAUGGCGGCGAUAAUGACGAGACCGAUAACCAUGGUACCCUGGGCAACAUCGGUGAUGAACGAGAUUCUGAAUCCGCCGAGGGCUGUGGACUGUUAGACAAGUCAUCUGACCGCAACACAGGGAAAACUCACAGGUAUAGAUAGUUGUGACAGCGCACUGAACAAUCAUAACCGGAAGGGGCUUGAGGCCAGUCAUGGCAUUAACAACCUGUCCAAUAGCCGACAGCUCACCAACCAUGUACAAGAACAAGGUCACAAGAGACAUGAAGCUCAGAUACAGCAUAGUGAUAACACCGUAUCGCUGGCGAGUCCACUCGGUGAGGACGAAACCCUCAGGGCAUCGUCGUCGGAUGAUAGGGCCAAGGUAUCCAAAGAUGAGCAUGGGCAGCGACGACGCAAGAGCGUAGACGAUCAUGCCCUGGACACCAGAAAUGGUGGCCAGCUCAGGAUACGAGAAGAGAAUACCGGAUCCGAGAGCUACAAGAGUCAGUUGUCAUUCCAACGUUAUAGGGGGGCAGGGGAUAGAUUGGAGCGGCAACACUUUUCCCACGCAAGCAUUAACUUGAUCGAGUAUUUACGGUACAAUCUCAGCUUCGUCGUCGCACGCCAGGAUCUCCUCAGAAAGGUCACAUCUGCCAUCGCAAACAUGCUCCGAGGUUGGAUCCGGACGAUACGUCAACUCGGCGCCCGUAGUGAGCCGCAUCCUCUCCCCCCAGCCUCCCGAGAUUGCCUCUCUGGAGCAGGUAGUUCGAGUAGCCGAGCUCAGCUGAGAGUGACCUCAACUGAGCUGGAUGGGGUUAGUAGCAACAGAGUCUGAGAGCAACUCAGGAGGGGUAGGGGGGAGAGAAGGAAGAUCUUCUUUCAAUGUACGAACCUGCUCGUUCAUCUUCUGACUGGUAUAUACUCGACCGAGAAGUUUCAGGCUGUAGUCUCUGUGCGAGGUCUCACAGCCGUGUUCUUCGUUUUUGCUGACAUGUUGCAGUUUGCCACCGCUCCGGAGUGUUGUAGCAAGAGCUCUUUUGGCUCUACUCACCGGAGGCGAUGAAGUUGAGGGCCAAGGGGAAGGCUGUUAUUGUGGUUAGUUUGUGUUCUCUGUAGUUUGAGCUGAAAAUUGAGAUGUUUGUGAGUGGAGGGGGCAAAGAGUUGCCUUGUCACCUCCCACAAGCAUUUCGUAACUGGGGAGGGAUUUCCUGACCCGUCUGAGUUCCAUUUCCUGAAAGGAAAUCGGCCUUUGACUGAUUUCUCAUCUUCCAAGCAAUGCCGGUUCCCAUCAGUCUGUUCUGAUGAUUAGCUUCAAUACGAAAAUGUAAGCGAGAUCGGAGACAAACAGAAACAGGGCAUAAGUGACGUAGAUGACGGCAUUGGACGCCGUGUACGAGGGAAAACCCAUUGUGAGUUGAUUUCAAGUUGACGAUUCUUCGUUGAUGAGAUGCGUUUGUAUCUUCCUUCGGUUGAAAUUAUCAAUUGACGUGGUGUAAGUGAAGAGGAAGAGAGAGGGCGAGAAAAAU